UGAUCCUUGAUUUCAUUCAUCCUCCUGGGCUGACACUCCUUCUGAGCAAAACAUUUCCCAACAUGAGAGUAGGAUACAGAUCCCUGGGAGAAUCCUUGCUACAUAUUUAAUUCCCUGCUCAGGAACUGAUUGCACUGGUCAGCGUGUAGUCGCCUAAAUACAAAGAUACGGCUUCAAUAUUACGAAGCAGAGAACCGGAUGGGACAAUCGGCUGUUUGCAGUGGGAUGAGCCUUAAACUCAUCAUGUACAUGCUGCUCUUUGCAGCCGCCUUCGCAGUUUCUGAGGUUUUUGGCAGCAGCGAAGAGAGCAGUUCACACAUAUGGACCCGGCAGAGGCUGCCAAGGCUGCUGGUUACACACAGAUCCUUUAUGAACGCCAGUUUGCUUGGUGGACAGAUGGAGGACAAAGACAAAUCAACAACUAACACGCUCUGUGGAACAGAGUGUCAGAACAGUCCACCAUCAUUCAGCCAAACUGAGCAAGAGAGGAUUCUGGGAUACCAGACCCUGUAUGAAAAUGGCACGCAAACACAUACAGAUGUCAGCUUGGAGUGGAUGAACAAGACCUCGGGAGGAGAUAGUGUAAAGCAGGUUCAUAUCCGCACGAAACGGCAGGUUUUUGGAGCAGAUGGACGCUUUGUCAUCUCAGAUUCAAACUUUAUCACUAACUACCCAUUCUCCACAGCGGUCCGCCUUUCCACUGGUUGCUCUGGAGUCCUAGUGUCUCCAAAACAUGUGUUAACAGCAGCACAUUGUAUCCACGAUGGCAGAGACUACCUGGAGAAUGCUGGGAGCCUUAAAGUUGGGUUGUUACAGCUCAAGCAUGAUGGAGGACUGAGAAGAAAGAGGGGAAGGAGACGAAGGGGUGGAAGGAAACAAGAUGAGGUAGACUUGAGGAGAGGAGAAGCAGAGAGUGAAAAUAAAAACAGUGUUGGAGCAUUGAGAAAGAGAAGGGGAGGUGAAAGGAGAAGUCGAAGGUUAAGGAAAAGAGGCGAUGAGGGAGAAGCUACUGCUGGGGAAAAGGAAUUUGAGAGAAAAGGUAGAAAGGAACAGCGUCUCAGUCGUAACCAGCGUCAUGUAGCACCAGGAAAGCAGGCUGUAUUUCGCUGGUCCCAAGUUAAACAAACCCAAAUCCCUCAAGGAUGGAUCUACGCCAGUGCCUCCUCCAACUCUGAGUCUCUUGACUAUGAUUACGCCCUCUUGGAGCUGAAGCGGCCUGUCAAGCAAAAGCACAUGGAGCUUGGGGUGGCGCCGCCUUUACUACCUCUGGCACGGAUUCACUUCUCAGGGUACGACACCGACAAAAGCCUGCUGGAGGGAAGUGGAGAUGAGAAGGUUGUUUAUCGCUUCUGCUCAGUGAUAAAAGAGUCAGAUGAUUUGAUGUAUCAGCACUGCGAUGCUCAACACGGCGCAGCUGGCGCAGGCGUUUACAUCCGUUUGAGGAAGAGACCCAGAUGCAAGGGCGGGAGAUGGAACUGGCAGAGGAGGGUGAUCGGGGUGUUUUCAGGCCAUCAGUGGGUGGAAGGGGAUCAGGACGGGCAGAGGGACUUCAAUGUUGCAGUAAGGAUCACACCUCACAAAUAUGCUCAGAUAUGCCACUGGAUUUAUGGAGAUUCAGGUUUCUGUAAUGAGGUUUGAGCUCACUGAUCGACAUGAGAUAAAGAUGCUUUUGCUGUUUCAGAAAAGCGAAGGUCAGGGAUAAUGUAUCUAGUUUUAAUUCAACAAAAUAUAGAGCAAUUGAAAAAUGCGUGCAGUGUUAAACAGAGAAUAACUGUGAUCUUGUAUUUAAAAGGACAACGAUGACCAUCCUCAUAUCAGUCGUUGACACAGUAUUUUUUUAAAGUGCACUGUUUACUCAUUGUAUUUUCAGAUUUUUUGCUACAGUUACUACACUAGUGUUUCUUCAGUCUCAAUGCCAGAAGGAAGCAAUAUGAAUUUCUAUACAUUUAGCUUUACAAAGCAUAUCUAUGUUUUCAAAAUGUUUGUAUUCAAUAACAAAGAUAAAAUUGUUUCUUCAAGUGUGGUAUAUAUUUUCAAUACAGUGGAGCCCCGCCUGUUUGCGGUUCAGUAUUUAUUGAUUUACCUAUUCGCAUAAUUUUCUGUGGAAUGGAAUUCUAAAUCAUUCGCAGAAAAUGUACCUAUUCACAGAUUUUAUAUCUAAAAUGCUUCAAAGAAAAUGCAUCUUGGGAAGCUGAAAUCCCUAGGCGCAAUGCUUCUUGACAUGUUUUGGCUGCAUUUACAAUGUAGCCAAUCAAGGAAAGCCAUUCAUCGUCCUUGGCGCCGAUUGGCUGCAAUCUCAAGCAGAGAGAUAAGGAAGAUUAUGGAUGUUACCUUGUGUGGUGGUGCCACUGUGAAUAUUUAUGCAUUUUAAGGUAUAUUUGGUAUUUGGACUAUUAAAAUAGGGAAUUCUAAGCGUUUUUAGGGGGGUCUCAAAUAUUCAUAGAUUUGUGGGUGGUUGUUCCGAUAAGCCUUCAAAUGCCAGCGAUCCACUGUAGUUUAGUUCUGGAUUACUUGCAGGUGUGACUUGUGGUGAAUCUCUCACAAGAAGUAAACAUUUCACAUCUGUUCAAACUCAGUGAAUCCGUUCUCAUUUUGACAUUGCGUCAUGAUUGCAUUGUCUUUUAGUCUUUGAAAAAGGACUCUCCUGUUCUUUCUUCUGUCCAACUCGAAUAAUUUUUACAUGUAAAAUUGUUGUUGAUGUCAUUGAACUCUGAAUUAAAGCAAAUAUCAGCAUUCCUUAAA